GGUGGUUAGUCGGUGUGGUGUGCAUCGCCAACCCCUCCUAUGGGUUUACACAGAGUUAGUGCAAGAUAUUCUGCUCUGGGAGUGAGAGUGCAAGGAUAAACGCCACACACACGCUGCGCAUCCGUGUCACACUGAGCAGCCGUAAGGCUGGUGUUUCUAAGUGGGAUCGACUCUGAGCUUUUACACCUUUUUUGUUGUUGGCUUUUCUUUUUUUUUUUGUCUUUUUCAUAAAUGUCCUCGUGAUCUUUUUUUUUCUUUCUUUUUAACCUUGAGUCUGAUUAUUGAUGGAGCUCCGUGAACUUGAAACAUAAUGGGACACGCGUGUCUCUUUUUGGGUUCACCUCGUCUGCGCCUUAACCUUCACAGGUAGCCGGGGAGAAAAGGAAAGAAAGAAAGGGGGAAAGACGCCGGUUCUCUCUGGACAUGCACAGGAGAUGAGCAUUGAUUUUGGGACCCGUUUAAUUGAAGACACCGCAAACCACUGACCACCUUGCUGUGUCUGCUGGAGAGCGACGCUGAUCACCGCAAUCACCGCAGGUCGCACAAUUAGAUCCAGUCAAUUCCUGAAGUUAAAUGGGGGGAAAAGGAACUGCGACAUAUGCAGCUUCUAAUUUACCCCAGUUUCUGCAACCGGCUGCUUUUAUUUAAAACCUGUACUCGUGUCUGAUUAACCCAGUGCUGCUGGGUGAUUGUUGUUAUUAUUAUUUACCUGGAGCCAAAAGCAGAUCGACAGAGGAGGAUAUCUUUACCUGAAUGAACUACUGUACUACUGUGGAUGAGAAGACUAUGAGCUGACACACUCCAGUUUUUCUUCUGUGCUGCAACCGAUUUGGGUUUAUUCGUGGAAGAUUCCUGCCAGGAGUCACUGUCUGUAACAACACUGCAUAGAAAGAAACCUUUGAGUUUUGAAGGCUGGAAGCAUAUUAACACUGUUAUGGAUCUAAAAGACUAUUACCUGUUGGGUGCACUGCUUGCCUGCAUAUGGCUAGAUCCUUCAAUAGCCCAAGAGCUAAUCUACCCCAUCAGGGAGGAGUUGCAAGAAAAUGUCCUCAUUGGGAACAUACCAAAGGACCUAAACAUUUCCCAUACAAAUGCUGCCACCGGAACGAGUGCUAAUCUUGUGUACCGGCUCGUCUCCAAAGCAGGAGAUAACCCACUGGUACGUGUUCUGAGCAGCACUGGAGAAAUAUUCACAACAUCAAACCGAAUUGACAGAGAGAAGUUAUGCCCCGGUCCCUCAUUUGAGGACAGCGAGUGCUCCUUUGAAAUUGAAGUGGUCAUCCUGCCUAAUGAUUAUUUCAGGCUGAUUAAGAUCAAAAUAAUCGUUAAAGACACAAACGAUAAUGCCCCCAUGUUCCCGUCCCCUGUGAUCAACAUCUCUAUCCCAGAGAACACGCUCAUUAACAGCCGCUUUGCUAUUCCUUCUGCCACUGACCCAGACACUGGCCCCAACAGUGUCCACAAAUACGAGCUGAUCAAUGGGCAAAGUGCCUUCGGCUUAGACAUAGUAGAAACGCCUGAGGGGGAAAAGUGGCCCCAGCUUAUUGUGCAGCAGAAUCUGGACAGAGAGCAGAAAGACACGUAUGUGAUGAAGAUUAAAGUAGAGGAUGGUGGCAGUCCACAGAAAUCCAGCACUGCCAUUCUCCAGGUUACUGUGACAGAUGUCAAUGACAACAAACCGGUGUUUAAAGAGAGUCAGAUAGAGGUUCAUAUACCGGAGAACUCCAUUAUUGGCACAUCUGUAGUGCAGCUCCAAGCUACAGAUGCAGACAUAGGGGCAAAUGCAGAGAUACAUUAUGUAUUUGGGACUCAGGUGUCUCCUGCUACAAAAAGACUGUUUGCACUGAAUGCAACAUCUGGCCUAAUUACAGUGCAGAGACCUUUGGACAGGGAAGAAACUGCUAUCCAUAAGCUCUCUGUUUUAGCUAGUGAUGGCAGCUCAAGUCCAGCCAGAGCUACUGUUACCAUAAAUGUGACUGAUGUUAAUGACAAUCCACCUAAUAUAGACCUGAGAUACAUAAUCAGUCCCAUUAAUGGCACUGUUUUCCUCUCAGAGAAGGAUCCCAUCAAUACAAAGAUAGCACUCAUCACAGUGUCGGACAAAGACACUGACAUUAACGGCAAGGUCAUUUGUUUCAUAGAGAAGGAUGUGCCCUUCCAUCUAAAAGCUGUGUAUGACAACCAGUAUCUGUUAGAGACGUCCGCACUGCUUGACUACGAAGGGACAAAGGAAUAUAACUUUAAAAUUGUAGCGUCUGACUCUGGAAAGCCGAGCUUGAAUCAGACUGCCUUGGUGAGAGUGAGGCUGGAGGAUGAGAAUGACAACCCGCCUAUUUUUACUCAGCCAGUUAUUGAGCUGGCUGUUAUGGAAAACAACAAACGUGACUUGUUCCUCACGACUCUUAGCGCCACAGAUGAGGACAGUGGGAAAAAUGCAGAAAUUGUUUACCAGCUGGGACCAAAUGCAUCAUUUUUUGAUCUUGACCGUAAAACAGGUGUUCUGACUGCAUCCAGGGUUUUUGACCGGGAGGAUCAGGAUAGGUUCCUCUUCACUGUAACAGCAAGAGAUAACGGGACGCCCCCUCUACAAACGCAGGCAGCCGUUAUUGUAACCGUGCUGGAUGAAAAUGAUAACAACCCCAAGUUCACACAUAACCACUUCCAGUUCUUUGUGUCAGAGAAUCUUCCUAAGUACAGUACUGUGGGGGUGAUAACUGUGACAGAUUCAGACGCCGGAGAAAAUGCUGCUGUUUCUCUUUCUAUUCUGAAUGACAAUGAGAACUUUAUACUAGAUCCUUACUCUGGGGUGAUAAAGUCUAAUGUAUCCUUCGACAGAGAGCAGCAGAGUUCCUACACUUUUGAUGUAAGGGCUGUGGACAGUGGCAGGCCUCCUUGCUCCUCAGCUGCCAAGGUGACCAUCAAUGUCAUUGAUGUGAACGACAACACACCCAUCGUUAUCUACCCACCCUCCAACACGUCUUUCAAGCUCGUGCCUCUCUCCUCUAUCCCAGGAUCUGUGGUAGCAGAGGUGUUUGCUGUAGACGGUGAUACAGGGAUGAAUGCGGAACUCAAAUACACAAUUGUGAGUGGGAAUAACAAAGGUCUGUUUCGAAUUGACCCAGUCACAGGGAAUAUUACUUUGGAGGAAAAGCCAGCACUAACCGACAUAGGCUUGCACAGAUUAGUGGUCAAUAUCAGUGACCUGGGUUAUCCCAAAUCUCUCCAUACUCUUGUGCUGGUGUUUUUGUAUGUUAAUGACACUGUGGGCAACUCAACACUCAUCAAUGAUCUCAUUCGACGCACCAUGGAGACCCCAAUUGACCGAAACAUUGGUGAAAGCAGUGAAACCUAUCAGAGUGGUGACUAUUUAACCAUAAUGAUAGCCUUUGUUACCGGCGCCUUGGUGGUGAUUAUUGUCAUCUUUGUGACUGUGUUGCUGCGCUGCCGCCAUGCUUCUAGAUUCAAAGCCGCACAGAGAAAAAAGCAGGGGGCAGAGUGGAUGUCACCAAACACAGAAAACAAACAGAACAAGAAGAAAAAGCGCAAGAAAAGGAAGUCCCCCAAAAACUCCUUGCUCAACUUUGUCACCAUAGAGGGGAACAAACCUGACGAUCCUGCCCAUGAGCCAAUCAACGGAACCAUCAGUCUGCCCACCGAGCUGGAAGAGCAAGGGAUUGGACGCUUCGAUUGGAAUGCCACGCCGACCACAACCUUCAAACCUAGCAGCCCAGACCUGGCCCGGCACUACAAGUCCGCCUCGCCGCAGUCGGCCUUUCAUCUCAAGGCUGACACACCGGUCUCAGUGAAGAAGCAUCACGUGAUACAAGAGCUCCCAUUGGAUAACACAUUUGUGGGGGGCUGUGACACCCUUUCCAAGAGAUCCUCCACGAGCUCCGACCACUUCAGUGCCUCAGAGUGCAGCUCCCAAGGAGGGUUCAAGACGAAGGGGCCCAUGCACACCAGACAGCAGGGAACAUUAACUCGUGCCCGAACUGAACUGAACCCUGAAUAUCUGGACCUUCGUCCUCGAGCUGAGCUGAACCCUGAAUAUUGGACCCCUUGCACCCCUUUAUCACAGCGGCGCGUCACGUUUCACCUGCCGGAUGGCUCCCAGGAGAGCUGCAGUGACAGCGGUCUGGGGGACCACGAGCCUGUAGGCAGUGGCUCCCUCCUCACACAACCUCUCCCUCUGGUGCAGGCGCAGGACGACUUCUACGAGCAGGCCUCCCCUGAUAAGAGGACUGAAGCUGAUGGAAACUCCGAUCCCAACUCUGAUGGCCCCCUUGGACCACGCGGUCUAGUGGAAGCUACAGAGAUGUGUACACAGGAGUGCCUUGUCCUGGGACAUUCAGACAACUGCUGGAUGCCGCCAACACUGGGAACAUACCAACAGCCCAAGUCACCUGUAACCAGCUUCGGGUCUCAGAGGGAGUGGGGUCCCAAGGACAAACUGCUCAAUGGACAUACUCUGAGCAGAACCUGGAAAAAUGAGAGUGGGCGGUCAGAGCAUUUUGGUGACAGAAAGCAGUUUGGAAGUGGGGAGGGACACUUCACCAGCAGUGGCAUGGCUGAUAUUCCACUGGUGAGUCUCAAGUCCUGCCAGCCAGCCUCUUGCCCAGACAGCCCAAAGGACCAGCAGCUAUAAGAGGGACUUUCCUUCUGUGCUGUUAGAUGUCCUUACAUCUGGACACAGUGAACAGGCGGAGCAAUCAUCGGAGCUCCUCCCCAUUUUAUUUUUUCUCUCUUAUUUCUGUUCUUCGCGCUUAAGUUGAUGCUUCUGCAGUGUAAGAGCCACAUUUACUAUGGUGGUCACAAAAUAGUGCUUAUGCUGUGUUACCAUGGCUCUAGAGGAAACUGUGUGUGUGAUCCUCUAUGGAUUUCUUUAACAUUCAGCAAGGUUUUUUUGUUGAGUGUGAAUUGGACAAGUGCCACGGGGACGUGCAUAAAUUAAAAGAAAUUAGAAGAAAGGAAAAAAAAACUACCAUGGCUGACCAAUAUAUACAAUAAUUUGUGGUGUGGUUGUUAUUGAGUUGUUCAGGACUAUAUUUAAUCGACACAAUCAAAGAAAAUGGAAUUACACUUCAGAAAGUGUUGUUCUAACACUGUUUGUGAACACUUGUUUAUUCUGUCAUUGUCUCUGUGUUUGUAAAUAAGACUUAUUAACCACUAUCAUGUAUCUGUAAUAUCCAAAGUGAAUAGGACAGUUUUUGGCCGUUAUCAUUAUAAUGCCUUGUCAUCAGAAUUUGGGAUUUUAGCUGGACUGAGCUCUAUAAUAAGGGAAAAUGUACAACAACAAGACAUUUAUGUAUUUCUUGGAAAAAAUACUGUUGAUUUAAGCAAAUUUUCCAUCUCGUAAUAUACCCAGUGUUGCCCAUAUUUCUUAAUAAUUUUCUUCAAGUAAUGCAAAACCACAACCAAAUCUUUUUUUCUAUAAAAAACAAAAGAAAAACACAAACAAACAAAAAACAAAAAAGCAAAAUGUUUUGUAUGAAGGAUGUCAGUGCUCAAUAUGUGCAUUAUAAAAAUGAAAAGUUCUGAAAGCUCUCCAUAAACCAGUUUUGAAGGUGUUCAGUACAAAUUAAAUAGCAAUAUAUUUGUAAAUGGCUAAAUGUUUUAUCUAAUGUUGAUCUUAUUACUGUAUAGAUUUUAUUCAAAUUGUGAUUUGACUGAGAAAAAUCCCUCAGUAGUAUCUGCAGUUUCCUGGCAUAUGUAUAUAUCUGUAUUAUUUCCACACAAACUAUUAUUUUCCAUACAUAAGAAAACACAGGUUAAGAUCACACUUUAAUCACUGUGCCUUCAUGAUGUUUCUUCAAAUACUGAAUUGUGCUUAUUUCAAUGACAACAUGUUGGCUACAAAGAAUAUUCUGUAUGAUAAUCAAAUGCCUUACGCAUUGAAUGUUUGCCAAAUUUAGAGACAUAAUCACACACAUGUUAAAGUACAAAAUCAAGUAGAUGAUACUGAAGAAAAACACAAAGGCAUGUGCAGAUAAUGGGUUAACCAUGAGAGACCAUUUUCUGUCAUUCCACUGUCUGAAAAGGUUUGUUUUAUUCCACAGCAUGGAGGGCAAAUUACACAAUGGAAAAAGCAUGCUAAAAGAUAUAGCUUUUAAAAUUAACUUGAUCAUUUUUGUGUCAUUUUACUUUGUUGGAAUAGCGUUGAUUUGUGCAUUAAGGAGAGAUUCAGUUUGUAAAGCACUUUCAUAUUUAUGUCACAAUAUAAUGAAGUUAAGUGGGAUGGAGUGAUUUGCUUAUCGCAGUAUGUUUGUCAGUUGUGAGGGUGUUUGACAACACAGAUACUGAACAGUUAAUCCUUGUUACUACUCUACAGGUAUACAGCUACUGCAAUAAAUGUUUUAAGUACGUGUAUGCUUAAUUUGUGUGCAGGAUAAUCGCCUCAGCAGCUAUGUGUGUGCUGUAAAUGUAUUCCCACUUAGGUCAUUUUUCCUUAAUAAUUUAGUGUAAAAAAAGCAAGCCAGCCCCUUUAUUUGAGAGCACAGUGCAUUCAUGAGGUACAAUUUAGUUUUUCCUAAUUUUUUUUUUUAUUUCUUUGAACACAGCGAGAUUCUUCCUGUUAUCAGGUCCCAUUUUCUGCUUAAAAUAUUUUACCUUAAAAAGGUGUCAAAACAGCCUUGAUACGACUGAUUCUUGAGUAAUAAUCCCUCUGCCCGUUGCUUUAGUUUGCAUGUUGUGUCCUUACCAUACACAUAAUGCUUCCUUAAAGCAUUAAUGUCAGGGUCACUGUGCGUCAAAUUCUGAGGGAAGCAAUCUAGGAAGGUCAAAUUUCUGGAAGUGACUUGCCAUGGAAAUGAAGACGGCUUAAACAUCCAAAGAACAUGAAAAAAAAAAAACUCCCAGUAGUUUCUUUCAGUAACUUUUCUUUGGUUUUCAGCUUCACUAUGUUUAGUAACAGUAAAGAACAGGUCUCUUUCUGGAUUUUUUUUGUAUCAAACCUGGUACAUUUUUUGCUGCAUAUCCUUGAUGUGACUCUCCAGCUCCACCAUAUUCCAAAGGGUGCUCUAUUAGAUUGAGAUCUAGUGACAGUGCACUCACUCACAUGUUCAAGCAACCAGUUUGAUUUGUGCUUGUUACAUGGAGCCUUUUUCUGCUGGAAGCAGCCAUCAGAUGAGUGUAUUGUGGUCCUGAAGGAAUGGACAUACACCAUUACACCGCCAAUUUUAAUUUCAGCUUGAGCAUCAGAAUGGGGAUGAAAGUCAGUCACAUGACGGCAUGACAGGUAGCUCAUGUAGCUUUGACCAAAGACUACAAAUAAACAAUGGCUGAAACCACCAUACUAUCACCAAUCAGUUAGUCAAGUCCUGCUGUGAAGACUUAAACUCAGCAUUUGUUAUUGCCACCUUGGUGUCUUAAAACUUGAUGUGAUGAGUGACGAAUCAACUGAAGGACUCUUUUGUCUUUUUGACUCGCUGUCUUUUUUACGUGUUUUAAUGCUUUAUAUCCUGCUCUAAUCUGAACAACCCCCUAAGAAUAGUCAAUGAGCCUCUCUGGGUUUUUAUCAUCACUAUUCAUCAGCAUGUUUUAAAGCUCAGUUUGUAAAACCUUGCGAUGUAACUACAGCCCGUUGCCUCACUGUUUGCCAGACAACAAAUAUUUGAACAGGUUAGAAAAGAAUCACUCUGAGACUUACAAAUCUUUGAAUGGGUACAUGGAGCUGAGGAUCAGGAAUUUUUCAUAGAAAGUCAUCCAAACCAUGCAGCACUAUAUUAAUGACUUACCUUGUGCUGGAGAUUUCAGCAUCUUUUUCCUGCCAGGCAAUUGCAUUUGGAUCUGCCCAUCAGGGCCCUCACAUGAACUUUUAUUGAGGGGAAAAAAGUUAGCGUUUGUCCUCCAGCUUCACUGUGCUAAUGUGUUUAUAUUAUCCUAACUGUAGCUUUGUAGCUAGCCACAUAACACACCAUGGUCGUGUCCAAAUUCAUGGGCUGCAUCCUCCUGAGGUCGCAUUUGUAGGCCUCAGGAGGAUGCAGCGACGCGUCACAGAGACGCGAUGGAGGCUGUCCAAAUUUGUAGACUCCUCCGAAUGCGGCCGACAAAUGCGUCCUCCUU